AUGGCGUCGUCUUCCCAAAGCGCUUUGAGCGCUUUGAUCACUGGUGGUUCCAGUGGCAUGGGCCUGGCGGUCGCACAGGCUCUUGCAGAUCGAGGUUGGUCGGUUCAUCUCGUGGACCUCCAAGGACCUCUGCAACAAGUGGAAAACGCGACCUUCCACAAAACAAAUGUCACAGACUACGACUCUCUUGCUUCCACUUUCCAGAAGGUUUUCGACACGGACGGGCGUUUGGAUUUUGUCUUUGCAAACGCUGGUAUAGUCGAACGCUUCGAUUUCUAUGAGGCUCAUCCCACUGGCAAGCCGCCACCACCACCGAAUCAGCUUGUCGUCGAUAUCAAUCUGAAGGCGGUAAUCAAUACUAGCUGGCUGGCUCAGCAUUAUUUCCGGCAGUCCAAGCAGAGCGACAACAAGAAUCUCGUCAUGACCGCCAGUGUUGGUGCGCUGUAUCGUUGCCAGGUGUCGCCGAGUUACUGUGCUACCAAGCAUGGCGUACUCGGCUUCAUGCGCAGUAUAGCGCCCUUCUACUACCAGAACAAGGACAUCAGUGCUCGCGUCAAUGCCAUCUGUCCCGGUACUGUCAAGACCAACCUCCUGGAUCCAGCGGCCUGGGCGACCUUUUCCGACGACGUUUUCGUCCCGAUCGAGAAGAUUGUUUCAACUGUUCUCAUGCUCAUCGACGGACAUGAUGUCGAUGGUACUGGCCUCGAUGGCAAGCCUCUUGCUGGUGCAAAUGGUGUUAGUGCGAACGGUUCUACUGCUGGUGAUGGCAAGUUGUACGGCAAGGCUGUUGAAUUGUCUGGCCGGAAGCAUUACUAUCGAGAUCAAGUCGCAUACUGUGAUGACCAUAUGGCUAAGUGUAUGCUCGCUACCGAGCGAACUAGUUACAACGAAGCAUGA